UCCCAGGGAGAGAUGCAGAAAGACACCUUGCUGCAGUCCCCAUCCKUACCCUUGGCCUCAAACGCUGCCAUGGGUGGAGGCCGGCAGGCCAGCGCAUCAGGAGCCCCUAACAAGAGUGAGAACGCACACUGCACCUCCCCCAAAGCCCACCGGAAGCUCAGCAUGUCCAAGGUGAUCAUGAGGGCUAUGGCAGAAAAGGGGACACGCCACCGCGUAUCCCUGGCGGCUCUGAAGAAGGCUGUCACCAACAACGGCUACAACAUGGCCCACAACAUCUGGCGUUUCAAGCGUGUGCUCAAGAAGCUGGUGGACAACGGCAUGCUCCAGCGGGUGACCGGCAGGGGAACCUCGGGCUCCUUCCGCCUGGGCAAGAAGCGGGCCUCCAAGCUUAAGGCCAAGGGACGGCAGCGGCGGCGGCCGGGRCACCGCGGAUCUGGGCAGCGCCGGUCUGGGCAGCGCAGGUCGCUACUGGGCUCCAAACAGGGCCACAAGCGGCUUUUCAAAGGGGUUCGCAGGGUGGCCAAAUGCCGCCGCCAUUAACAGAGCAGGCCAGCCAAGCAGGCAGGAGUGCCCGGUGCCACAGGCUCAGGGCAGUGAGAAUAAAAAGGAAUCCCAACUUACUCCUCUCUGGCCUCCUGGACUCUCUGGGGCUCAGGGAGCAAGAGGGGAAGAGGGCUGGGGUUUGGGAAGGAGGGGCAAGGCUGUGUAGGGGGACCAGGGACAAAAUAAGUGAGAUGGAUAGGGGAAGGACAGGCAGAACCGAAAGCGUCCAUAGCUGUCACCGUUGCACCUAGGCCCUUGCACGGGGAGAAUCUGAGGCUAGAAAGACUAAUGGAGUGAUUGUGUAGCAGAGCGCAGCCUGGAGAGUGUGUUUGCACGCGUGUGUGCACACAUGCAUGCGCGYCCACCUGAGAGCUGCUCAAGCACUUUCCCCAGGACAGUAACAGGUCCCCCUGC